AUGCCUCACUGGCUCAUCUACCACCCCCCCUCCGCCUACCAGGACGUCGAGUCCAAAGACACUUUAGCAAAGGCCAUCACCGCCUUCUACACCGGCGUCGGCAUGCCCGCCUUCUACGUCGUCGUCCAGUUCAUCCAAGUGCCCCUUGCCAGCACGUACGUCGGCGCCCAGACCCGCAGCGCCGGCGACAAGCCCUUCGUCCGCCUCGUCGCCACGCACAUUGCGCACAACUACCCGGACGACGAUGCCGUGCUCCGCGCGGCGGGCGAGACGUUCAACAAGCUGCUGACGGCGCAGAUCAAGCCCAUGGGAUAUGACUGGGAGUUUCACAUUGCCGAGACGGACCGGCGGCUGUGGAAGGUUAACGAGUUUACGCCUCCGGAGAGACACACCGAUGGGGAGGCGCUUUGGGUCAAGGAGAAUAAGGCGGUGCCUUACUGAUUGAUGGCGGUGUCUCGUUGAGAGAUGUAGAGAUAUGUGGGUGUAUUUGG